AUGGAAACGAAAGCACCCAUAAAUACAAAUACAAAUACGGGUUCACCUACAAAUCUUCCCUCAACACUGUCCGAGACAGCACAUUCUGAUUUUCCAAUGGUGGUAGAAAAUCAUAAUCACAAUCCUCACACUAGAACCGGAACUGCAAUCAGAACUGAAACCACAACUGGCAAUAAAGUAAAUUCAAGCCAUUCGGAGAUUAAUACUCAACCCCCUCCUUCGUACAACGCUCACUCGAAUGCUGAUCAGCGGUCGAGUGAGAAGGGGGCUGUAUCGAAUACUAAUUAUCAUAAUAAUGAGAAUGGAAGCAAUGAGAAUAAUGGAAGUAAUGAGAAUGAAACCCCCCCGCAAUUUCAAAUACAUCCGGAAGUAUUGAUGAAUCCGAAUGUGGGAGGAAAUACGGGAGGAUAUGCUGGAAAAUAUGAAGGACAACAUCCAGCACCCCUCACUUCCCUACAAAAAGAAUCGAGAUUGGUGAGGUGUCCUAGGUGUGGGGUGUGUGAGUAUACGGGGGUGGAGUGGGUUAAUGGGGGGACGGCGGAUAUCUCAGCCCUCCUCUGCUGUCUCUGUUUUUGUCUCCCGUGCGUACCGUAUCUCAUGACGAGCUUUAAGGAUGUCCAUCAUAAGUGUGCGAAUUGUGGAUUUUUGGUUGCGGUUUGGAAAAGAAGUGGAAAGACAGAGGUGAGUGUGGCGGCUAGUGCGGCUGCUGCUUCUGGGGGUGCGGGAGUUACGGGAGGGAAGUAG